ACCACCAUUUUCGCACCCAUUCAAUUUGUCGAAAACAGAGAAUAUGUAUGUGAUAUGUUUGAUUAUUCCCAUCUGCAUUCUUCCUGGCGAAAACACAGGACUGUCAGUCUGAGUAAUUGAGUGGAUACUCCUGCCCGUCAGGGCCACUAUCAGUCCUCUGUCUCACAAGUUACUGCACUGAAUUGCUUUAACUCCUUCGGAAAAAGGAAACUCGCGGCACUGCUUCUGUUUGUCUUCGACAGCCUAGCCGUCUUUUUAGUUGCCUACAACGACGAUGGAGUGUAGCAUUUCUCCGGCAACGGCACAAGCCGACUCAUGCCCCGUUCCCUCCACCCCCUGUGCUCGCCACCACAGCAUGACGCAGUGCCUCGUGAGUGCCGUGCACUGGGUGGAAACAACAAGAAUGCGAUUGCAGGAAGAAUCUUCUGAUACACGCGAUGACGCCAGCAAGAAAAGCGCCGUGACGAUUCGUCAGAUCUUGCAAGCGGCGCUAGUCCUCUAUCGAACUUCCCGACAAAGAACGAGUGCUCAGUUCUUCAUCAUCGCUUUUCAGUUUGCAAGAGACGCAAACAGCAUUCUCCAGAUGCUGAACAUCCACCGUUCCCCUGUUACGGAAGCGAGCUCUGAACCACGGAACGGGUUCAGCGAGGCUCUGCUCAAGUGGUUUGCGCAAACACUCACAGGACUGGAGAAGAAACUGGACAGCGUAUACACUUCUGAAGAGAUUUCUGAGCUCUUCCUCGAAAAAAUGUGGGCCCCCGACCACUCCCUGUCGUGCAGGCAGAGGAAGAUGCUCCGUUCUGGAACGCCGAAUAAGGAAGAACAGCUUGAGUUUCUGGCGGCGUGCUUUCUCCAGGAAUGCGUAGACGUCAAACUUCGCGGCGAAGAUGACAUUCUGUUCGAUCCCUCUCGCGAACUGGACGCUUUUCUCGAUAUCUGCAGAGAGCAGGACACUCUCGAACCCGACAGAAACACCCAACCAGAGUCCGCUUAUUGGUGCCGGGAUGUGGUGGAAUUGAUGGAGGUGCCCGAACAGUCAACAGAACCUCGUACCAAGGCGUGUCUAGUGAAGAAAACUGCCAAGUUGCCACAAAAGACACAACUCGCACGCAUUCCCCCGUCAAAGAAAACGUCCCACAGCGGUCGCCCUAGAAAAGGAAAACCAACCUGGCAGGCCUCCUCGCCCAGGAGCAGUUCAGAAAUAUGGCCACACAGCACUUUGCCGCUAGUCUGCUUACCGGCGAAAGCCGAGAAUUUGGGACCAGAGGAAUUGCGGAAGAUAGCAUUGUCUCACGGGGUUCAUUACUAUUUUGCGGAAAGACGGUUCUCAGUCAGUAUGUCAGCACGUCAACGGGUUCCCCAGAAGACUUUCUCAGUGCGAAAGUACGGUGUUGAGGGUGCUUUGCGCCUUGCUGUUGAAGCAGCAUCCAAAGUGACAUGAGGUGGACCUUCGAAAAAGUUUACGUCAGCAUGUAAUGUCUGGGCGGGUCCUUGCUCUUCUACACACACCGACUAGCAAAACGUGAGUCAAACAAAUUGCUUGGGGGCAAGCUAGUGACUGCUGCCUUCCACUGACAAGUUCCAUGCGUGGAGAGUUGCUUCUCGCCCCGUUCGUUCCUUUCUGUAUCGGCAGCGACUGCCAACCUGUCUUAUCAAAACCAUGUGGCUCUCUCAGAGAGCGCCACCCUUCAGCGAAGGCCAAGUGAACUGCGGACGUGCUUGCUGCUCUUUGAGUGCAUUUCUCCCGUUUUGUGUUCGAUGCCAUCGUUCUUUAACAUCUUCAUCAAGAACUUCGAACAACUGUGCAAGUCCCUGCGAUCGUCAGCUGGACGUUUCGACCUCAGU